AUUAAUUGGCUUGUUUGUCUCUAUUAGCAAAUGGCGAAUGCCAAAUCGCUUCUCUCCUUUUGCUGGUAACUGGAGUUUAACUGAAUGGACAAAACAUGGAAAACGCACUUUUAGUAACCAAAACAACCCUAAACGUUUUAGAUGCAAAGUGUUCUCCUAUCAGAACCGUUUCCAUGUUUCCAGCGAAAUGAUUCGUUACUAACCAAAGGGUUUAAUUGUCCUCGGUAAAUCCAGUUGAUUAUUUCAGAUCAGUCUGAGGAAAAUUUUCAAAUGUGCCCAAGUUCUUACUUGCACCUCUUGAAAACGAGGCUCCUAAACAACUAGCAAUAGCAGAUCUAUCUCUCUGGUGAUGGGACGCUACCUCCUGUUGGCUCCUCUGGCUCAGAGUUACUACAAUGAAUUCUUUCUCAGGUCUGACAGACUCUGAGCCUUUGAACAAGAUCAAUCUGAUCACUGUAUUUACGGUGAGGAAGGAAUUUUCUCCAGGGGCUGGAUUGACACAGACCAUGGGUUUUUUUGCCUUCCUCUCCAGUCUGAGUCAUGGGUCAUUUUCAGGUUAAACCAGUGUAAAUGGUGGAGUCUCUGUAACUUGUAAGUCUCUUAAUCAUGAUUUGAGGACCUCAGUAACUCAGCCAGAGGAUAGGGGUCUUUUACAGGACCCGGUGGAUGUGGGUCUGUGGCCUGCAAUCUGCAGAAACUCAGACAGGAUGGUUCCUUCUGAGCUUACAGUUUGCGGCUGUGACUACCGUGGCUGAGCUGUUUAUCAAGCUUGACUUCAGGCAUUUGAUAUUCCCCUCCUGAUGCUUUGUACUGAAAAUCUAUCUUGAGUGCAGCGUUUUCGGUGCAGGCUCUUGGCGCCAGCAUAUUUAUUUCCCAUGUAGUUGUAGAUUAGCAUGCCUUUAAAUUCAAGCUUUGUUUUUAAAAAAAAUAACGCUUAGUCUAAGGGACCUGACAAAACACAUUCUGGUUGAAAUUUAAAAAUGCCAAUUUCAGUAAAAAUGGCUGAUUUGUAUCCAGCCUGGUGUGGGGGCUGGAGCACUGGGGUAUGUUGGGGGCUGUGCACUUCCCUGGAGUGUCCCUGGGCUCCUUUCCUCUCUGCGGGUGUGUCCGGCCAGAGCAGUGCCCAAAUCCCAGGCAGUGGAGAGACCCUCUCGCCCUCCCUGACCUUCCCCUCCUGUCCCUGCAGCUCGCUUUACGUGUCCACCUCAGUCCAGCAUUUGCUGUCUCCUCCAGCCACCACCCGCUGUCUCCUGGUCGCAGGCCGCCCCUCGUCCCGCUCAGGAUGGACUUGCUGUUCGGGCGUCGGAAGACGCCGGAGGAGAUGCUGCGGCAGAACCAGCGGGCCCUGAACCGGGCCAUGCGGGAUCUGGACCGUGAGCGGCAGAAGCUGGAGACCCAGGAGAAGAAGAUCAUCGCAGACAUCAAGAAGAUGGCGAAGCAGGGGCAGAUGGACGCGGUGAAGAUCAUGGCCAAGGACCUGGUGCGAACCCGCCGCUACGUCAAGAAGUUCAUCAUGAUGCGCGCGAACAUCCAGGCCGUGUCGCUCAAGAUCCAGACCCUCAAGUCCAACAACUCCAUGGCCCAGGCCAUGAAGGGCGUCACCAAGGCCAUGGCCACCAUGAACAGACAGCUGAAGCUGCCCCAGAUCCAGAAGAUCAUGAUGGAGUUUGAGAAGCAGUCGGAGAUCAUGGACAUGAAGGAGGAGAUGAUGAACGACGCCAUCGAUGACGCCAUGGGGGACAGCUGGAAGGGGGAGCCCAGUGAUGCGGUGGUGUCCCAGGUGCUGGACGAGCUGGGCCUGACCCUGACGGACGAACUCUCCAACCUGCCCUCGACGGGGGCUUCGCUCAGUGUGGCGGCUGGGAAGAAGGCCGAGCCUUCUGCGGCGCUGGCGGAUGCUGAUGCCGACCUAGAGGAGCGGCUGAAAAACCUGCGCCGGGACUGAGGGGCUGGAGG